AUGAUGAAGAUUAUAUUUGCUGUUCUUUCCACGGUUAUGUCUACAGCAGUGGGUAAGUCCGUUAGAAGAAGUUUCUACAUGCCACAAAGUCCACGCUUUUAACUUUUCUUAUUAUAAAUAUUUCCUUUGAUCAAGAUGACAUAAUUUUGUGCUUUCUUCGUAAUUUUUCAGCUGGACCUAAAUAUAGCCUUGAUAUAAAAGCGAAUACGAAUUUUACCGUAGUCGUAGCCCCUCCAACCCCACUUUUGGUAAGAUUGACCCUUCCUAAAAUGCCUUCGCCGCAAUGUUUCAAACAGAAUUAUAAGCUGUUGCGUAUCUGUUUUAGUCGCUCACAUUAAACGGUUCAGCAGUUCCUAAUGGUUCCGCACUCCAACCGUGCACAAUAGGCGUUAUGUGCUGGCAAACGCUAAAUGGUAAGAUUUUAUUUAACACACGCAGUACUAUUUAUUAAGUAAUAACAACGCAACUGCGAUAUCAUAACCCUAAAUUCUUCUGAAUAAAAGCCCCGUUUAAUCACAUUGCAGAUACACAGUAUUCAAUUCUUGAUUCCGAAAACGUGUCUGGAAAUGGCACUAUCAUUUUAACCCCGCGAAACGAAAACAAACGGUCCUCGACGAUAAUUAUCAAGGACGCAAAUGGAACUCAACCUGGCAAGUUUGGUCUAUUUUGUGCUGAUCGACCGAUGGCUACAUGAUUCGCGUAAAUAUAAAUUUUCCUAACUGAAUAAUAUUAUGGGCAUAAGGAGAAGAUUUUUAGAGACAUUGAGACCUCGAUUAAAAUCAUUAUGUUCGUCUUCACGCAUUUCCUGGAAGACAUUAACUAAUGACCACAUGUGGCGUUUGGUUGCCAUAAUUUUUCCCCGGGCUUCAUUGUAAUAGUUUGAAUGUCCCGGUGCAUAUAAGCACCCAGAGAGCACAACAAUUUAAACUGUGACCUGGUCUUCUGUGAAUAAAUUUGUUGACAGCGCGCGGUGCUGUCUUUGUCGUAACUUACUUUUGGCAGAUAAAAGAGACAUAUUUUCCGACAAGGCGAUUUAGGGAAUGAACUAGUUCAAAUGUUAACUUAUAUCUAUUAUGCUCAUUGUUCCUGAUUAAUGCUUUCAGGCGUACAGGCAGUCUGAAAUUAUCUUAAUGCAUGCAGAUACUUAACAAAAUUCCGCAUCCGUUUUUCCAAUAAACGUACAGUUUCAUAAUUUAAUAAUGCUACGUUUGCCUCCAGAUCCUCCGUUGCCAUUAGGAGUUGUAAACGGUGGAGUCAUUGAACUGAAUACCAAAGAUCAUAUUGCGCUAUUUCUAAUAUAUGAAGGGGAUGUCCGGGUAGGCUGAUUUUGUUCGUAAAAAUGAUGUUUUAAACGCGCAGAAGUGUUUUUAUUUUCAAACAAACGUGGCACCUAAUAUUGUUUGCACCUUUGACCUUUCAGAACACAAGCGUUAAUGGUGAUAUAGAAAUAGAGGACACGAACAAAUUGCAGGACGGCAAACGCCUCUUAACGAUCCCCUACAGUAAGCGACGUUUGAAUUGUUUUGUGGGAAUCUUUAAACCAACUUAAUCUGCGUAAAUGUGACUUAUACGCUGUAUUAAACUAUCUUUGAGCGGCUGAACUAUGUGCAUAUCAACGACCCCAUAGUUAACAAAAUAAUAUUUUUGUUCGAUAUGUAGGAGUCAUCUCAGCCGAAAAAACAAAGUUCACAUCAUUUUUAGAAUAUUUUUCGUCAAAAAAGGUACAUUUCUAGGCAGUCGGCGGAGGUAGCGGUUAAAAUCGAAGUUUCACACGGCUCCGUUCUUGGCUCUAACCUAUUAAUUAUAUACGUUAACGACUGCGUCAGUGAACUGAAUUGUGAUGUCGCCAUUUUUGGUAAUGAUUUUAAACUUUCGAGCAUCAUCCGAACUGAGUUUGACGAAAAGCGCUUGCAGGCAUACUGGACCCGACUCGAAAAAUGGUCACAGGACUGGUUUUGCCGUUUUGCGAGUCAGCAUGGCCCGAACUCUGGGCCGGAUGGUUUACCACAUAAAUGGCGUAUCAAUGCAGGAGGUAGACGCCCAGAAAGACUUGGGUGCGUAGGUAACGGCUUCUCUAAAGCCAUCGAUCCACUGCUCCAAGGAAGCCAAUUCUGAGAUAUCAGCCCUUUAUCUUGUCAAAAAGCUUACUCUACCUUCGAUGAGGACUGUUUCGUUAGAGUCUUUCGGACUUUCGUACGGCCGCAGCUAGAAUAGGCUAUUCAAGCGUGGAAAUUCUGGACCUCGAAAGAUCUCAGCAUCCUUGAGCAAGUUCAAAGGGGGGCAACCAAAGUCGUAAGCGGACAGAAUUCACUACCCUGUGAAACACGGCUGUCCAAUCUCGGCAUUUUUUCAUUAAGUUCCAGACAGCAAAGAGGCGACCUUAAACAAACAUUCCGUAUACUGCACGGGCACGACUGCUGUCUCGUACCGGCUGAUUUCUUUGCGUUAGCGACCACGACGAACCUCGGAGGUCAUCCACUUAAAGUACGCGUAACUGGCGCCAAGCUGCAAAUUCGGAAGUUCUUCUUUUCGAACAGAGUGAUCGAGACCUAGAAUACUCUGCCUACAGGUGUCGUCAUGUCCACCUCCGUCGAGACUUUUAAGCGCAAUUUGGACCAGUGUGACAACAAACGCAUAAUGCCAUCUGACCUACAACGUCCAUAAUUUCGUUCGAACAGUUCAUUAAUGUUGUUAUAUUACUGACUGUAUUUAAGCAGUGUUUGCUUUUUAUUAUUGGCCUGUCUGUUUAAUGUAUGUUGGCAUUUCAUUCGUCUCCCUCAGAAACUGAGAUAGCUCCAACUAUCCAUAGACAGACUUCUGUACAGCACAUUUAGUAACGGUAAUGUUUUUAACUCUUGAAACAAUUCGUUUAUCUAUCUGGCUUCGAAAACUUUGUCAAUCUGAAGAAUUUCUGUAGCUGUUUGGUGUUUCCAUUUACAAUUUUUUGAUAUAAUUCGCUUCCUUUUAAGAAAUAUGGAGUUGAAAGGUUCCGCACCUAUAUUUCCGUCAAAUAAAUUGAACUAAACUGAACUUGAUGGAGGAUGAUAGCACACAUACAUGUACUGAUGCAUAAAAUUGCCUUAAUAAAAUAAGCAAUUCAAAUUCGAGAGAAAUCUCUUUAAACAAUCAUUGAAGACGCAUAUUCGUCCUGCUUUUGGAACCUAGCAUGUGCCAUUGUUAGAAUACAUUCUACACGUAUGCGUGCAAAAUCAUGCAGCGGCCUGCGUUGGCGGUCUAAAUCUACUAUUAAAUCACCCAAUUUCCUUUUUUCCAAAAUGUCUACAGAUGACAAACGGUACAUGGGGAAGGCUGCAGUCUUGCUGACAGGGCACGCGAAUAGUUCGACACUACAAUUUGUUGGCACGUUGACUGAAAAUGACACUGUGACAUUUACUGUUUCCCCACGUGACUCCCUCUAUAAAGUGUAUGCAGGUUACCGCGUUUCCUUCCCCAGCUCAUGUUCGGCUGUCCUCUGCUGGAAUUUAUUGCUCCAAAUUUUCUCAUUUAUGACAUUCGGAGCAGGUUUAUAAAGACCAACUUCCAAGAAAACAAUAAAAGGCCUUUUUGCAAGCAAUAACAUAUUUUAUUCAUUUCAGCCUUAAAUACGAAAUAUAAAUAAAUACACAACCAUAAGGAUGUGCCCACCGCACUGGCAGAAAUAACUUGCUAUUUACCUUGAUGAGGACUCGGAACGCGCGUUAUCCAAGUUAAACAAAUACAUAAAUCACAGGUACUUAACAAAUAUACAGCUGACUAUAGCGUUUCCUUCUGCAGUACAUGUGUUGUCCUCUGUUGCUCUGAGUUCAUGUAUAUUUUCUUAUUUGUGACAGUUGAAACAAUCUUAUAGUUGCAAACUCUCAUGGAAGAAUUGAAAUCAGUUUUUUACGUUUUACGACAGUAGCACGCGCAAUCAGUAAGCAUUAUUUGCUUCAUAAACGAGCUGCAAUUUAUCGAUGCAUACAGAACGCUUAAAUACUACGCUGAAAACUGCACAAAUAAUUCACAGUUUAAUACGCUGGGAAUCCUAUACUACCCAUAAUCUGGUUAAACGCAUAUACGAAUCACAUGCAUUUGUGCCAUAAGCCAUAGGUUCGUGUUGACGUAGUCUCGUAAAUGUGUGCCAGUGAAGUAGCACGUUGGUAUGAGACGGGAGGAAGUUUUGUAGACAAUGUAUCACAGUGAGUGCUUAGUCGGACGAAUGCGUCAUUUAAAUAUGUUUACUGUCAUGCAGACACGAAAUAGGGAUACAUUACAGUGUCAAAAGUAUGAGGGUUUGCCGUUAAAUACACGGUAGUAUAUUGAGCGUAUAAUAAUCACUCACGAAUGAUGGUGCCGAUGGUAAUGAUCAGAGGAAUGUCUCGGACUAAGAGAGGCAACACAGGAUGUCCACAGCUACGUUUUCCUAACUGUCGACACUAUGAGCAUCACAUGAAAAACAGCAAGGGGAGAUAAGUUGGGGGUUUUUCGAAGGUUCAGGUCGACCACGUCUGGAAGUUGAGCUUCGACCACGUCGGGGCCACCAGGCCACUGCCGCAUGGGAGGACAACUCUUGGCUCUGCGCACAUUAGACCCCUCAUGCUGGUAUCCGCUGUCUUCUUCUUGCUACAUUAAACAUGACCCGAUGCUUGUAGCGCACUGCGCACAGGCUGCGAACUGCUCCUCCAAGUGACCACAAACUGCCUACACCGACGUUAUCUAAGUGCAACCUCCAGACGCGGUUGAAUUUAACUGCCACAAAAUUUGCACACGACUUCAUUCUGCUGUUAUGACUGUGUCACUCACCAUGCAAAUAUAUAAGAAUACACAGUUGCCGACACCCCGUCGCGAUUUGAGUACGGUGCACCCCGAUGAGGACUGAGUCAAACGAAUGCGCCAGACAAAUGGGUCACCAUCGUCCAGAAACAAAAACAGAUGUGAAAUUUCACCCCUGAAUAUACAGUAACAUUCUGAGCAUAUGAAAUGAAGCCGCAAAUGACGACAUCAUUGGCAAUGGGCAAGGGACUGCCGCGAAAAAAAGCGUUCAGAUAGGAACACAUUGGGGUUUUUUUAUUAUGCUUUUAGAUUGGGCUUGACAAGUAUGGCUAUGUUUUGUUGAUACUGUCCACCUAGAAUCGCGCCAGGGUGUCGGAAACUGUGUUUUCUAUUCCAAGACAUGAUGACUGACACAUGAUAAACAAGGGGAGCCAGUCGAGUCUGAAAUUUGCGAUAGCUCAGUUCAGCCGCGGUAGGUAGUUUAACUUCAUCCGUGACAGUCCGAACUUCCUUGCUUUCCGCCGAUUUGUAACGCUGAUAUCUUGUCCGCCUCGCGCCAUCUGUCAAAUUGCUGCUGAGGUUGCACUUGAGGGUUACUUGCUCGCAGCGAGUAAGCGACGAGAGUGAUCUAGUGGAAACAUCGUGGUCAUUUGCGGCGGCUUGGCAGUAGUCAACUUUUUUGGGAUUUCAGCGAAGUUCAUUUUCAAAUGUCACACAUCCACACAAUGGCCUUUAUGUUUCACAUAAAAAUUUAAGUUUUUGUCCAUUAAGUCAGAAACGGACUGCACACUUUCCACAUGGAAGUGUUUAAACAAAUAUUACUCAGCACAGUAAAUUAGCUGCAGCUUUACACCUGUGAGUAACGAACUUCAACAAAUUUUCCCGAACAGCAAUUUUCUCAAUUUCAUACUCUAGACAUAGGACAAAAUAGAUCUGAAUUAGAGAUUUUUCAUGAUUCUGUUGCAUUUCUUAUUAUAAAUUAGGUCUUUGAGUUUCUUUGACCUUGUGAGGUCCGGAUAGUAAGAUGGAUGAAUGAUCCUCAUUCAAUUAUCUAGUCCCCGACUUUAACGCCUCUGAAGUCUCUGACCGUGGUGUAAUUAUCUGAAACAAUCCAUUUGUGCAAUUGAUGCAACAAUAGUGUUGACAUACCACCCACGAUAUCUGUGCUUUAGCAGUUGAUUUAUGUAGUUUUAUUCCCCUCUAAAUGAUAAAGUUUUACUUCAUCACUAAUUGGGAACGGGAGUAGGCGCGGUAAAGGAAAAGUAAACAAAAAGCAAUGCUAUACACAUGUAUCAUUUUAAGCAACCCGCGGACCAAAUUAGCGCCUGCGAUCAGACGUCCAAGAAACCGUAACGAAUGUUGAACAAGUAAACUUGGUCGGUGGGCUGUCGUUUUUGAUAGUUAGUGAACUUGUGUACCAUGACGUCUAACGUUAUGCGCUUCAGUACCUUUGAAGCACUUAUCGAGAGAAACGAAAUAACACAGUAAAUGUGUUUUGGAUAAAUAACCAACGAUGGAAUAGUAUGUCCUAAAUUUAAUACAUGUUUAGUAUGUUCCCAUAGCAAAGAAUAUGCAAUAAGGAUAUUUUUAACAAAUGUAAAUCUUAUUUUUGUUUUGUAGAUCGGUAGACGCAAGCAAAAAACGGAAACCGCGAACUAUCAUAACCCAUUUAAGCCAAACGGAGCAAAUAUUGGAUGCGAUUUAAUCGGAAAAUGGGAUCGAAUAUUGCCAGCGGAGAAAAUUGUUGCCUAUGCAGAUGAUGUGCAAGUGCCGACAGUGAAUGAAACUGGAAGGACGCAGUCGGUAUUCGGACGGUGUUGCUUUUCGAUGUCCUCUAUGCCGGAAGAGGAAAUCGGUAAGAGCGGGAAUUAUAUUUGAAAAUAGUCGGUACGUUAGCGACUAUCCUGAAGAUUGUCCUCUGGUUUAUGAAAGGAAUCCGGAUUGACGAAUGUGCCAAUGACAUUGGUGUUAACAACUGGACAGCGGUUCAGUGGUAUGCCCAGUGUCAGAAGGUUUGCUCAGCAGCGCUCCUCAAGCAAUUGAAGAAAAUAGGAGGACCUGGUGUGGAAGUGCAAGUCGACUAAACCUUAAUAAGUCGAUGAAAGUAUAAUGUUGGCAAAAUGAAAAGGCAGUGGUGGUUGUUGGGGAUGUACGACACGAGCAAGUGCAAAGCAAUAUUUGAGCAAGCCAACGAUCGAAUUUGGCAUGCUACGCGUUCUGUGAUUACGAAAUUGGUAGCCAAAGGAAGUACAAUGGUGACGGACGAGUGAAAGGCUGACAGUCGUAUUUUUUCAGAAGGAUAUAUUCAUGUUUCCGUCAAUCAUUCCAAGCACUUCAAGGACCCUACCACUGGACGUCAUACUAACGCCAUGGAGGCGUAUUGAAGUCGGUUGAAGCGGAAGUUACACGAAGGAGGCCCCGUCUGCGGUCGAGCUCUGAUUUGACAUUAACGCCACGUGUCUAAAAAAUGCCCGAGAACUCUUUUUGUCGCAUAUAGCUAAAGCCUUUCCUUUAAAAUAUGGAAAAUGAAUUAAGCUAAACUUUGAUACUGAUGCCGAUCCUAUGCCUGUUCAACCGACUUGGGUUACGGGUACGAGCGCGAAGGGAAUGAGGACGUAUUGGCUAAGUAGGUGGACAGCUACUUGGCUGAAACCUGUCAAAGCCUUAGAUAGGUUUUACGCCAUUCACUAAAGAUUUCCAUGUUGGGGGGGUGCAAUGCAAUGAAUUUAUAUAGACAUAUUUGCACUGGCGCGUUCUCGUGGCGGUGAAAGUGAAAAAGAAAGUCAUGCUGACAGCGCCUCUGCGCGUGCACUCCCAGACAUAAUGCGAACGUAGGCCAGCCCAUGGUAGGCGGUCGUGGAAAGUCACAGUAGUGCGUGCAGGUAUGCCGGCAACAAUUCAGGCCACUGUUGAAAGCAGGGACUAUGACUAGACUCCGUUAUAUGCUCACCGCAGUUUUCAUUGAAGACUGCUAAGUUCAGGAAUGCGUACCAUCAAUUUGUCUAGACUGAUGCCCCGAAUGUGGAUCCUUAUGACAAUGUUAUCAAAAGUGUGGUCGGUCUAUGGCGAUUCUUACACUACAAUGGUAAGGUAUGCACAGUGAGCCUUUUGCGACUAAGCCAUAGUAUGUUAUGGAUGAAUUAGCCGAAAAAGUUCUAAUGGUGGCACUCGUCGGCCGCAAUAACCUCCAACAUGGAUGUUAAGCAGUCGUUUGGUCUGCAAUGUUCGCUCUCUGACUGCGCCAAAGGAAUGCCAGUAUGUACAAUGACACAUAUCGGCUGCUGUGCUUGCACUUCAGCAAUGAAAGCAUAUCGCGUGCUCUACACUUGAUUCACUGCGAUCUUAUCCCAUUUGUCCUAAAUUAAACUGCCAUCCGGUGCAAAAGGAAGGUAGGGUCUAAGACGAUAGUUUCGCACCUCUCUAUAGCUAUUAUGUAGGUCUUGGUUUUGUGGUUUGGCGUUUCCUGCGAUUGAACGCUUGAGUACUCCCGUAUUGUCAAUGCCAACGCCCCGACUGUGUUCAUGCUUAGCGGCUGUGUAAGUGUAGGUUUUCAUUAUCGAACGCAGUCAGCAUGUUGUCUGAAGGUCAAACCGACUGCCACGGUCAUAAUUCGGCUCUGGAAACCUAUUUCAAUGUUGGUAAUAGCAGGAUGGUUUACCGCAACUAUGACGCUUUUUGAUAAAGCUACCUACUGAGUAAUGCUGUCGCUGGUAACCUCAAGAGUCGUUGCUGGUGAUCGGCAAACCCGGAUGACACAAAAAAUACGUCGGACUAUGACCUACUCAAAUAUAUAGAGUAGGUAUUAUUUCUUUGUUGAGAGGAUUUUUUAGGUGCCAUCUCCCAAUGGUUACCUCGAAAAAUGCUGGGAAUCGUUGAUACAGGCGCAAAUUCAGAAGUUAGAGACAUUUCGAAAGUACAGAGAUAUCUAGGUAACUAGGACUGAUUAUGAAACGAAAAACGUAAUAAUGAACAGAAAGGACUAUGUAGCGAAGAAACAAUCCGCAUUGUCAAACUAGAAGAACUUCAGGAAGGUAGACAAUGAAGGACAUUACACGGAUGAAGCAGAGUCAAAAGCGGCUGACUGCCCAAGAAGGCUCCACUCAGGGGGUUUCAUAGGUGUCCCUGACCUUAAACACCUCAAACCAGUCGGCACACAUAUCUCUUGACUGUAUAGGUUACCUAAGAUUCGUAAGGACGGCACGCCAAUCAAUGCGACUGUUGACGUCCGAAACUGCGCGAUAGCGAGGUGGUCACCAGAGACACUCAAGCACAUACACCAUCACAUAGUUCUACCCAGUUAUCGCGACACAUUUAAAUUCAAUGACAACGGUAAAAUGUGUCAGUUUAACUGCAUCGUGAUGUUCUCGCUAGACGUCUCACUACUUUUUACAAGCGCCCUGGUUAGCGAGACAAUUCGAAUAGAAAUUCAGACGAUGACACUCAAGGAAAUAUUUCUCUGAUGCACAUGACAUGUGCAGUUCGUUUUUGACAACCAAGUCCAUGGAUAGAUAGACGACUUUUCUAUGGGAUCGUCCUUUAGGCAUCUCCUAGCUGAUGAUUUCAUGGGCAAGUUAGGGUAAUUUCAACAGAGCUACUUAAUCAAUAAAUAAAAACAUUACGGUUUCUCCCUUGAUGAUAUGUUCGCAGUCGCCGUCGCCGCAGACAGUAAGGAAGUUGUCUUCUAAACACAGUAAAUCGAUGACAUUUACGUUGGAGACGAGAACGACUUGUUCGUUUUAUUUCUUAGAUGUUCUUCUAGAAAGAGAGCAGAAUGGUAGCGUCAGAAUGAACGUCUAUCGAAAAAAACCCUAGCCUGGACAAUAAACUGCUUUUGGCAGUUGCCUAUUCCUCCAACAAUCACGAAAUCUGAUGCAGUGUUUGGCUCAAUGAACUACUGAAAAUUGUUCUGCAGAUAGUUUCGACGAGGAGCUAAGAAAGGUCCAGGACUUGCCUCGCAAUAACGGGUAUACUGAGAGAAUUCUUGAAAAGGAAUAUGGCUCAUCGACCAGAAGAGACCAUCUCAAGUGGUGCCGAGUGAGCUCCUCAGAUGACGCCUUGAUCAAGCUGUCUCAAGACAUUCGUCCGGCCACCGCUGUCAUAUCCUAUGGCCUCUUCUAAUCAAACAAAAUGCUUAGCAAGCGCAAAAUCAAUGGCCCCCGUCGUUGUUAAAUUAAAAACCUACGUAAAGGCCAGUGCAGUUCUGCACACAGAAUCCGCAGCAUUCACUGCCCAGAUAUAGACACGCACACCUUUUUCCUCCUACUGACUUUACUUGCUGCGGUAAUUGCUAGGCCUGUCACAAAAUACAAAUUUAGUCGGCGGUAAUAACUAUGGGUCUGUCAUCUGACAGACGUUAGUCAGUAUUUUGUGGCUACGCCUAUGGCGUUAGUAGCAGUAAAUCUAUCCCUCUCAUAUGGAAUGACAAUAAACCCUUCCGUUCAACGGUUCAUGUCCUGCUAUUUGUAUGAUAGGAGACUUCUUGUAUGAGCGAAAACCGCACCAAAAGCUGAGAUCAUUUCUAUCCUAAUGAGUUGCCCAAACAUAAUCAGAAGGAAGAGCCCCGGUGACUGCCGGCUCAGAAAGGAUAAGAGAUGUGUCGUUGGUGGUGAUCAUGCGGUUGGCUAUAUUUUAGCAUCAUGGCCUGCAAGUCCCGUACGACGUUUUUCGUCGAAAUGCUCUUCGCGCGAGCAUAGCGAUUUGUCCUUUCAAAGGGAAGUGUUCCAUUUUGGUUAUGUAUGCUUACGCCGAGGUCCUUAACAGGAAGCUUGUUUUGUAUAGCAGCGUCCACUUAAUUUCCACCCGACCUCCUUUGCCUUGACAAACACCGUUGCCAGAAUACUAUUUUCUUGAUUUCAGUAACAUUUGAAAUAAAACGUCUUGAUGUCUCCUUCCCAUCGCCGACGCCUACUGGCUUCCACCUAUUCAACAUUCGACACUGGGUAACGACCGCUGUCCUACUGCUCAUACCAAUAACGUUCGAUUAAGUUUGUUUAUCUGUACAGAGUGGACGCCUUUUUCGAUUACUUGAUACCUUUAUGAUACCUUUUCUAGUUUUUGAGAUUCUUCAGUCGCUUGUAAAUGGUAGGAGCGUAGUUGGCAGCCUUGCGCCCGGUUUUUACAAUUGUACCUACUGGUAUGAUUUCAGUAGCCGUGAUUACGCCCUCGUUGUGUGCAAAAGGUGAACGCGCAGAGGCCCUGUCAGGAUGACUUUCUUCGAAACUUUAACCGCCCCGAGAACGUGGUGCUGAAAGAUUGGCUAGAUAGAUUCAUUUUAUUGCACCUCCUCACACGGAAAUCUUUAAGAAAAGGCGAGGGGCUUAUUCUAGGCGGAUUACGAUUCAUGAUGCUUCUCAUUAUGGCUAAAAUUGCAUGCCUCGCCGUGCUUACGUCCUCAUUAUAUGUUAUAAGUGAAUGCGAAGACUGACGUGUUAGGAUUACUUCCUUCUGUUGAACGCGCAGAGGCCCUGUCAUGGUUGACAUCCUUCGUAACUUCAACCGCUCCGAGAACGUGGUGCUGCAAGAUUGUCUAUAUAGAUUCAUUGUAUUUCACCCACUCCCACACAGAAAUCCUUAGUAAAAGGCGAGAGACUUAUUUUAGGCGGGUUGCGAUUUACCGUUCUUCUUCUUAUGAUUCCACUUGCAUGCGAGCACAGCCUAAACACUGCCUAGUAUGUAUAGCUUAAUUUCGGUUGGCAUUAUGUCCAGGGGUGAAUAUGUAGACGCGCAGUCAGGAUGACUUUCUUCUUCACUUCAACCGCCUUGUCAGUUGCGUGCGCGCACUGCCUCAAAAGCCUGUGCAUGGUUAGCAUGCAGUUUUCCCUGUCGAGUCAACUCCUCUUCUGAUCCCUAACUUCGGGAGUUUCGUUUAGUCCAUUUUCAGCGAGGCAGUCGGUCCACUGCGUCAUCAAGUCUUUCGCACUUGGCCGCCGCAGCCCAGUCCAUUGACCAUGGUUUAGAUGGGUUGGCCUAUAAUUAAAAUACAGAUGCAUUCAUUAUUGACACAAAACAUGGUAGCCAUAUCAUUUCGCUUCCGUACGGGUCUUCUUAAUUGCGUGCUUCCGUCUGGGUUGCCCAUUGUUUAGGCUUUGUGUUGGGGUGACACUUUGUGCGCCUGCACUUAACUAGUAUAAUUUGUUAUGUCAGCAAAGAAUACUUGUCAAUGUACCACACAUUUUUUACGUUGCACAAAGGGUUCUCGAAGACUUAUGCUUAUUGCCCACAAUACAGUGAACUGAUGCCCUCAUUAAAAAGUGGUCAGGCAAAAUAGAAAUGCUAAAUUCAUUCUUUGUCAAGCAUUUCGCUACUGAAAAUGGUCCCGUCCCUUCACGUUGUUCGUUGUGUGAUGCCUCCCUUACCACCAUUAACUUUGCUCCUGCAACUAUUUAUAAACGAGCAAACUACAUCGCACCCAGUAGGAAUAGAAGGUAUUCCAAAGUCUCUUAUAAAACAUCUUUUAAAUUUUCCUCCUUUGCAUAGAAAAUUCUAAUCUCCCUCGAAAUUGGCUUAUUUAUUAAAUAUUAGGAAACAUUAACUACUAAUCCUAGCAUUUAAGUCUAGUUGUCUUCUGAUGUUCAAAACUAUCGACGUGUCCAUAAAACAUCUUCAUGCUAAUGAUAAUGAUAAUAUUAUUUUUUUAAGACCCCUCGGAGUCCCAUCAAAGGGAGUAAGAUUGAAUUUAAAUGCGAAUUCUAAACGAGAUAGGCAGAAUCUUUACAAAAUGCUAUUCAAAGUUUCUAAAUAAAUAGUUUAUUGCGAAAAAUGAUUAGUGAGGUGUAAAAAAAACUCCAUACAAAAAUUUAAACAUGAUUGGAUUCAUUUUACAGGAGAAAAAAACCCCAAUAAAUAUAAUAACAGAAAAACGCGGGCAGGACUGGCCUGCAGAUGGCGGUUUCUAAGUGAUUAUAGUUGGACAUCGUCCGGGCAGCAAUAAAUGUCAGCCUGGAGGGGUAGGUUUGGGUGUCAGACAGAGCUGACCUGCAUAUAGUAUUGUAUACGGUAUUCGUAACUGAUAUCGUCUGGGCCGGAUCGUAAAAAUCUUUAAAAAAUUAUCGCCAUGAAUAACCGAAUUUUUUAUAACCAGUCAAAUUAUUAGCCCGCCCCAAACAUGGGCUUUUACACGAUCGAUCUUGUCGAAGGUGUUUCUAAAUCCACUAACUUCUCUUCGUAAUGAUCAUACAUAUGUUGUUGUCGUAAUCAAUUUAAAUCUUAGUAAAGCCUUUGAUAAAGUGCACAUAGAUGACCCCUAGUUAAAUAAUAAGCUGUGGGAAUUCACAGACUCUAAUUCACUUUAUAGAGUCAUAACUGUCAAAUCGUAAACAAAAGGUUUGAGGAGGAUCUUGUUUUUCCAAUGAGUAAUUAAUUAUUGCGGGUCGUACAAGGUUACGUUUUAGGCCCUCAGUUGUUCUUGUUUUACAUAAAUGAUAUCUAGUCGGCAGGUAAACACUCUUGAUCAUUUAUUUAUGCCAAUGAUCUGAAGUGUGUAUGUUCAUUCAAUACAUAUUCGGCUUUCCAUUUGGCUAGAGCAAAUACCUGUUUAAAUGCUUAUUCUUUGAGCGUGGAGGUUGAAAUGGCUUACGGGAUUCUGUCUGACAAAAGGUCGAUAUAUGCGUUUCUGACCUGAAAGGCUACCCCAACCGGCGGUCUUUUAACAGAAACCUACGACUGCAUGGAUAAGUAUCAAGGAUUUACGUUUAAGCUUCCCAAACAAGCUUGAUAUCUCGGCACACGCUGACAGAACUAGGUCCGCAGUUGCCCGGAUUUGUGGCUUUAGUCAUUACAAUUUCUUGCUUUCCGAAAUUGAUUUAAGACUUUAUCGAAUGUUUGCACUUUCUAUUCUCCUGUAUUUUUACUCAUUCGUUGGUUUAAAGAACGAAGUCAGUGGUCUAAAAAUUGAAAAUUUCUGCGACAUUUUGCUGAAAGAUUCUUAAGUAUGGAGCAUUGAAAUAUUUCCUACUCAGAUAGAUGCCAGUUAACAAGCCUAAACUUUUGUGGGUUUGCAGACUAGAAGCAGGCUUCUGUCUCGCCUUUCGCAUUAAUAGUACUUUAAAACCUCUAAUUUUAGUCCAUAUCCCAAGUAGUUACCAACACAAUAUUCACAUUUCUUCCUUGCAUAUACAUCUUCCUGAAAUCUAUACAUCUACGCGCUCCCUUUUUCGCUUUCAUAUAUACUCUGCUCUGGUUAAAUCUUCCAGUCACAUAGUAUACCUACUUUUAAGAGAAGGCUGUGCUUUCUUCUGAAUACUGAGUCGAUUAAACUUACAUUUUCCUCAUCAAUCCCGGACAGCAUUUCUAUGACACUGCUUAUACAAUCCUUUCAGAGGGGUGUGUCAGACUAUGUGCGAUUUCCUGAAAUGGGUCCCUAUGACACUUGCAUGUGAGAACCCAACCACCUUCAUGAAAGUCGGAAAAUAGGUUUUGUUGGACAUACACAAAUACGCUAUUUGCAUUGUUAGCCCAUUCGCCCCACGUAGCUUCCACUUGUCAUAACACUGUCUCAAAUCAGAAAUGGGUGCGGUAGGGAGAGGUUUGGUAAGUCCUUAUCUAGUGUGAAAAGCUGCAAAACUAUUCACGCGCAUGCGACCGUAAUAGGUAUACUCCAUAAAGCACAUGUAGUUUAUCGUUUGCCAUGUUCCAGUAGCAGGAAUAGGUCAAGAUCCAUGAAAAUAUGUGUAAAAUCUGUGGCUGACAAGGUCAAAACUAACUUUUAAUCGUCCCGCAAACAUUUUGCUGCUCACCUAACCCCAAAUCUUCAUUAUUACCUCGAGGAUUGGCAUCGUAAAAGCCGUAGCACUUUGCGCCCUAUCCAACUGGUGACGAUCGGAGCGCUGUUCUCGUUUCCAGUAGUACAAGAACCCUGUCUUACUUAAAACAAAAUUAUACAGAAACAUUCCAAAAAACGGCUUUUCAAUAAUAAUAAUAAUAAUAAUAAUAAUAAUAAUAAUUUUGGCUAUAGACCCGUCGGUGUCCCAUCAAGUAAAGUUAACAAAGAUUUGCAUACAAUUUAAAACGAAUUGGGCGCAAUGCAUAGUUUCGGAAUUGGCAGUCCGUUGAGAAGAAUGAUCUGCAGCGGGUGAAAAAACUCCACUUAAAAAUUGUAAAAUGAUUGGAUUGAUUUUACGGGAGAAUCAAAUCGCUUGAUUAAAAACAAUAGCAGAAAAAUUCGCUCAGGACAAUCCUGCAUGUGGCGAUAUAUGACGGACUAUAAUCGGACAUCGUCAGGGCAGAUAUAACGUCAGCCUUGAGAGGUACGUAUGCGGGUCAGACAGGACUGGCUUGCAUGUGUUAUUGUAUAUGGGAUUCAGAUCUGACAUCGUCAGGGCAGGACUGAUACGCCCAAUGAGACUAUUCGCGUCAAAGAGGCCAGAAGAAAGGAACUCAGACGCGAUCGGCCACAGUACGCCUCGAGCCCAGCCGAGGCGUGGGGAAUGGAGGUACGACCAAACUACUAGUAGAAGGCGAAUACAGAGGGUUCUGCCGUCAGCAUCGUCAGACCGCCUGAGGCGAAAAUUAGGAAUUGACAUCAAGAACCGCGAAAAUCGCCACAAUGGGAAAGGAGUGAUAGCAGUAGACUUAGUUGGACUGCUGUCGACAAAUUAGAUCUUUCGGCCAUCGUACGCUUACAGAAGUUUAUUGAGAAACAUAGCACAUGCUUACAAUUCUGGACGCACUUUCACACUCAAACACCUUUUAGAAAAGCCAAACCAGCCUACCAAAAAUAAAAUCCGUUAUACAUUAAGUUUUAUCAGAAGUUGCGGAUAGUCAGUUUAAAUCAGUUUAAGUCAGUUUAUUAAGGGAAUGAGGCUUUCGCCCUCGAGCACCCUAUUCAUGUCGAUAAACAGAAAUAAAGUCAUCAAUUACAUCAGCAAAUGCGAAACGUUAAGAAGUUAGCGGUAACUGUGAGCCAGGCGCAAACUGCCGCCGCCAAAACAAUCAUGAUUGUAUGUACAGUAGGUUCUCAACAAGUGAGCGUCUAGUCUGCACUUAAAGGAUUUAACACUUUCGGAAAGAACAACGGCAUCAGGGAGUCCAUUCCAUGCCCGAUGACCCUGUGUGAGAAGGCGUUCCGUCGGACGUCCGAAUGAGCCCGCUUCCUUUGCAGUUUGAACGGAUGACCACGCAGACGGUCAGUCCGGGCCAAUUCAAAGAAGUCAUCAAAAUCUAGGGCACACUCACGGCUUCUGACAAUCCUGUAGGUUUGAAUGAGAUCGCCGCGCAGUUGCCUGUAAUUUAGAGGAAACAGAUUUAGUUCAGUCAGCCUGGUUUCGUAAGGCAAAUGAUGAAGAUUCUUGACCAUCUUCGUAGCCAUCGCCUGUACGCUUUCCAGUCGUUGAUAAUCUUUCUUUAACCACGGUCGCCAGGCCUGGACUGCAUAUUCUACGUGAGACCGGACGAAUGCCCCAUAGGUUUUUCCGAACAGCUCCUUGUCGAUCUGCACAAAUCCUCGCCUCAGCGCAAAUAACACCCUUAUCGCACUUUUGGCUGCCCUUUGACACUGUGAAGAUGGUUUCAGCGAGGAGGUCAUAAGGACUCCCAGGUCUUUCUGUUCCACAACAUUUGAAAGGGACUGACCACCAAGGACAUAUUGAAAGGAAUCGUCCUCCUUACUGGUCUGUCUGGUGCGGAGUCUCGGGACUACACAUUUGUCCACAUUAAAAUUUAGGAGCCAGCGAGCUGACCAACUGUUUAGGCGGUUGAGACUGUCUUGAAGCGCAUACCUGUCUGCAUCAGAUCUGAUGGGACUCCACAGCUUAACAUCGUCAGCAAACAUGAUGGCGCUGCAUCCCAGGUCGUCGACGCAGUCGUUAAUGUAAACCAGGAAUAGCAACGGCCCUAAGACGGAGCCCUGGGGUACACCACUUAAAACGGGAGUCGGAGUUGACCUUGAGGCCUCAACGCACACGGUUUGCGAUCUCCCGGUAAGAAAAUCUGUUAUCCAUGUCAGCAGCGUUCCUCUUAUCCCAAUUUCAGAUAGUUUGUAAAUAAGGCGUUUGUGUGGGACGCUGUCGAACGCCUUCUUAAAGUCUGUGUAUAUGACAUCAACCCUCCCAUCCUCAUCCAGUGCGCGAGUCCACUGCUCCGUCGAGAGCAAUAGACUGGAAAGACACGAGCGGUUCUGUCUAAAGCCGUGCUGCAGGUCUGAGAUUAAAUGGCCCUGCUCCAGGAACUCCAUAGUUGCUUUCUUAACUAUGGCCUCCAUUAUUUUACAGCAGAUGCAGGUUAGACUAACAGGCCGAUAAUUGUUAGCAUUAGUGCGAGCCCCGCCCUUGUAUAUCGGAAAGAUAUUUGCUGUCUUCCAUUCCGAUGGCAACCUCCCUAAUUCGAAUGACGAGCGGAAGAUGUGCGCCAGUGGUUUGGAAAGUUCAUUCGCCAGUUCCUUCAAGAAUUUGGCCGGUAUAUUGUCCGGACCCGAGGACUUUGCUUCUUUGAGAUUUUUCAGCUCCCUUUCCACGGCAGCUGCCGGGAAGAGUAUGGAGUCAAGCACGGGACCAACAGUCUCAAGAACACUGCCGGUACUGCGACAGCGAAACUCAGUUUCUCUAGUAAAAACGGAGGCAAAAUACUGUCCUAAGUGUUCGGCUUUCUCGUUGUUCUCAAUGAUCUCUACAUCAUUAUCAUCCUUCAGCACCGCGACCGGGUCCUUAUUUUUCAGUCUACUGUUCAGAUAGUGAAAUAAAAUCUUAGGCUUCUGUUCAGCCUGUCGUAUAAUUUUGGAUUCAUACUCCUUCCGUGCCUGACGGAUACAUUUUUUGACGGCGUUUCGUUGACGACGAAAUUCUUCGAAAUGCGCUGGUGACGCAGUUUCCCUGAAUAUUUUCCAUCUUUUGCUUUUCUUCCGUAGCUGCUUAUUUAGGUCCCUAGUUAACCAAGCAGGUCGACUAGUUGUUUUUUGUACUUUAGGUGGACAACAGCGACUAAUCAGAUCGAGUGAAAUCGUUUUAAAAGAUCUCCAGUCGUCCUCCGGAUCUCCCCUGAAUAUUUGGUCCCAAUUCACGGAUAGCAAUUCGUUCUUCAUCAUAUUAAAAUCUGCCUUCCAUAUAUUAGGCUGGCCCUCUGUUCUCUUCUGGCGUUUAGAGAAGAGCGAGUAAUCCCAUAAUAGCGUGGUAUGGUCACUUUUCCCGAGAGGUGCAUUGGAAUACACUUCGUCGAUAUUAGAGAAGUCUUCUGUGAAAACUAGGUCUAGACAAUUUGCUCUCUGGUUCUCUCGAAAUCUUGUUGGUACCUUCACAUGUUGCGCCAGAGGGAGAUCGAGUGUGAGGUCCAGUAGCUUAUUGCUGAAAGAGGCUGGUCCACCAUUAACUGCCAUAGUUCCCCACUCUAUUGCAGGUGCGUUGAAAUCCCCAGCAAUAAGUACGUCUUGGUGGCUAGCUACGUCUUUGACUAAACCAAGGAGCGACUCAUCAGCUGCACUCAGAAGAUUUGGUGGUCUGUAAAUCGCCAGAAAUUCUAGAUUUUGUGCAUUGCCCUUCUUUAUCUUUAUCCAGACGGAUUCAUAUUCAAGGGAGAGGGUGUGGGCUCUUUCAACUGCUGAAAUUCCUUCCGUUACAUAUACGACUACCCCUCCGCCCUGCCUAUUUUGACGGUCUCUACGAAACAGCUGGUAACCCGGUAUCGAAAUCUCAACAUCCAUGAUUUCGGCAUUAAGCCAAGUUUCCGUUAUGGCGAUGACGUCGGGGAUUUGUUCCGGUACUCUCGCUUUGAGUUCGUCGAUUUUCGAAACGAGACUUUGAGCAUUGGUAUACAAAAAUCUCAAUUUGGCACGAGCAACUCCGGCAUACUGGCGUUUAUCCAUUUCUUGGGAUUGAAUGCAAAGGCCGGUCGGAGCUGAUCGGGAUGAACUGCUUUCCAUCACUCCUAAGCUGUUAGAGUUAUGGGCUCUAAUUUGAUUAUCCGCAAUUUGAUUAUCCGCAAUAAAACACUCGGUUAACCCAGCGCCAUCAAUUCAAAAACUCAUACAUUCGUGUGGACUAAACAUCCGAGUAGCAACCACGAAAAGACUUCACUCUAGAAUAAAAAUCCGUGGAAUUAACCUUCUACUCACAGACGGAAGCUGCGCUUGUCCAACAAAACCCCGACUUAAGCAGAAUUCUUCGGAAUCGAAACGCAUUUAUAGUUCCAGAUUUGACACUGAUGCAAAGACGUUAAUUUCGUGAAACAGACACCAGCUACAUACAUGGUACCCUGCGCUUCGGUAACCCAGCUGAACUUCUACCUUCUACCUCUACUUCUGACACUUAUAAAAAUACAUGCACAAACCACCGUUUACUAAGUGAUAAACCAACAGCCCCGUUGAUGGACAUCCGACAGAUACUUCUGAGUCUAGCUCCCAGGACAAGAAAGCCAUAAAUGCAAAAGCAGUUCGGAAUGCUGGACAGAAAGAAACAAAGGAGGCACAAAAAACAACAACGUUCAACUAGAAUGGAACGAUGACGUCCGAUCCCGGACGUAGUCAUGUGACACCAGUAGAUAGAAAUAAAAGUUUUGUUACGUCCCCAAAAAACGAUCAACCCGUACUAGAAAAGGACUGCCAAACAAGAAAACCAAACCAGAAGGCCUAAUUAAGCAGGCCAACACAAACAAAACGGCUUAUUAUAUAGACAUAACAAAUAGGAGGUUUUCAAACUCUAACCAGAAACAAAUAACCUUCUAUAACCGCAACCCAACUCUCCAAAAUCCUCCGGCAUGACAUAGGAAUAAGCCAAAUCGCUAUAACAUUCCAAGCUUCUUACCACCUAAUGAAAACCCCACACAUUACUUCUGCUUUUACACCUCUUCAACUGACACUCCAUUUAGGUACAAUCGCCGCUUACUUUACCCACCUCCCCAUAUGUAUCCUCAAUCCAUACACACUAACUCAUGAACUUAAAUUUCGCCAAACGCAUCACCAUAUCCUCCAACAACCAGAAACAUACCUGCGUCUAGUACAUCACUCAAUUAAAGUACACUCAGUAAUCCUUAUUUUCAUCGUAGUCCACCUCUAACAUAUCCGACAUCCUAAUGAUAGCUCUUAUACAUUUAAGAUUGAUUGUCAAUAAAAUAUCUCAACUUAGAACUCUUGUUGAAAUAUGUAACCUCGAUAUAAUUUGCAUCACAGAAACAUGAGCAAAUGAACUUAUAUCCAAUGCUUCGCUAUAUAUCCCAAAUUACAAUUUAUAUCUUCAAGACCGUGCUAGUAAACGAGGUUGUCUUAACUACAUCAAAACUAGCAUUGAACAAAGUAGUAUUGAUGGCCCAACUGAAACCUUUGCUGGAGAAGCGUGUUUUGCCAUUCUCAAAUCUCAUGCCCAGGAAAACCUACAAGUCGGAUGCCUCUGCUACCCUCCAGAAUGUAGUAAUGAUAGCACUAGCCUCAUCCACUUAAUAAACGAUAUAUCUUACAUGAAAACUUAAUAUAAGAUAAUCACAGGCGACCUACCCCACACAAAAAUAAACUCAGUCGAAGCAUCGUCACCUACCAGGCAUGAAGAAGUCUUAUUUUCAAUUAUCUUUAAUAACGUGACACAAAUAAUGAACAAACCCACCCGAGGAAACAAUAUACUAGACGUUAUUUUCACCACUGAUAUCUGGCCCCUCCAUAUGCACUUCGACUGUGUAACCCUUGAAAGCGAAAACAAAGCCAUAAUAUCAACUUUCCCCUUAAAUGCAAAACUUACACCCCACUGUAUUAACACCCGACUUAACCCAUAAAAACUUGACAAAGACUCCAUGAACAACUAUGUUAGGUCAUUGAAAUGGAGCCCGUAUCUUCUAAUAACGCCACCUACUGAAGCCGUUACCCUUUUGUACUCUGUCCUAUUUAUAUUUAGAGAUACAUUGAUAGACGAAGGACUCCCUAUAAGGAACCACUUAUCCCACACUUCCCUAUAUUUAAGCUUAAAAAACUUAAAUAACAGCUACGAAACCCCUCUGUAAGUUAUUUUUCUACAUUUUGACGAAUUAAGUAAAUUCAAGACCUGGUUGCGAAUAAGGAAACAAAAAACACCAUAGCAGCAGAACAUCGGGCAUAGGCAUCCCCUGAACGAACAGCUUUGAUGUUUAAAAAACAAAUUAAUGAUCAUCCACAGUCGGGAUCACGAAAAAUUAUUAAUGACUUAGUACAAGUUAUUACAAAUGACUACCAAAUAGCAAAUGCAUUCAACAAGUAUUUCCCAACUAACUUCACAGUGGAGGAGGGAGUGAACCCCUAACUGAGCGAAAUGACUGAACGCACCCUUCUGGAGAUCCGUUGCAGUGAACGACCUGUUAAAAUAUUCAUAAAGCAACUAUCCAACGCUUACUUAUAUGGGACGGACAAAAUCUCUCCAUGUAUUCUGAAGCAUAUGCCAUAUGCUCCAAUACUCCCAUCUGAGUUAUUCACUUACUCCAGUCAAAUGCAUUUUUGGACACGUGGAAAUACUCGACCAUCGCACCUAUCUUUAAAUUCGGCAACGGAUCUCAUACCUAAAACUAUUGUGCUAAAAUUCUCGAAAAAAUAGUCUUAAACCAAGUACUUGACCAUCUCAUAAACGCCAACCCCAUUCUCUCCUCUCAUCAUGCAUUUUCACCAUAAAAAUCGUGUCAGUCCUACCACCUGACUUUUUUGCAAUUCAUUUUCGGCAGAAGAUAUGAUGGAAACACAGUAGUUUCAAUAAUCUUCUAUCUUAAAAAGGCCUUUAACAAAGUCCCCCAUAAAGGAAUACUGGUAAAGCUUAAAAGUCGUGAAUGUAGGCUUCUCCAUCUCGAUUUUCCUAUAUCCUAUCAUCAAAACCGAUAUCAAGUAGUACCAAUUCAAAAACGAGUCUCAGAACCAUCCCCUAUUACCAGUGGAGUAGUUCAAGGUACAAUCCACUUAUAUUUCUCAUAUAUAUUCACGACUUAUCGUCCAUAUCAGUAUCAGCUAUUACGUUUUUAUAUGCGGACGACCUUUAACUUGCGAAUGCAUAAAACAGGAACACAGUUGCCAAUAUUCACAGAACAAGUGAAACUAACCUCAGACAAGUCAGCGAAUGGAAUACUUAGUGAGAGAUGCCCUUUUCACCCGAAAAUUGACAUCUCCUGAUCUUUGGCCCACAAAAACUCCACCCCCCCCCUUCUUAAUUUUCGAGGAUAAUGAAAUAACAGAGGCCGAAUCGGUAAAAGAUUUAGGUCUUAUCUAUACAAAUACCCUUGAUUUAUCUCCCCACGUCCAACAAAUAUCACCGAAGGCCACUCGCCUGUGUGGAUUCAUAUGUAAAAUUUCACCUUAAAUGCACUAAGAAUACAACUUUUCAAAAUGCAUGUCUGACCUUGCCUAGAUUAUUGUUCAAUUUUCUUCGGCAUAAUGCCCUCGGACGGCCGAAGGAAACUAUAGGCAUUCAGAUACGUUUCACUCGAUCUUUGUGCAGAAGUGAAAACAGCCAAGGUUCAUGCUUAGAACUAUAUCAUAAAUACGAUCUUCGACCACUCUGGAUCAGAAGACUCCAAAAUGGUCUAAACGUCCUAUUCAAGGUCACCCAUGACCAAAAUAUUCUCAGAAUGAAUUAAUUAGCAAACCAAUACGCCCCCAGAAAAACCAGCAACAACGAGGAUAUUAUAAGGAUACCAAAAUGCACAAAGUCCCAACGGUCGAAUUUCUACACCAUAAGAUAUGCCACUAUCUAGAAUGCUCUCCCGAGUUCUAUCCGGAAAAGCCGAUCCCUAAUCGAGUUUAAAAUAAAAACUAAGAAAUUCCUUUCAAAAAACAUACACAUUUAUUUUUGAAUAAACAAGGACAUUUUUCAAGUCAAUUCUUCCAUAUAUAAUUUGGUCCGAAAGUGCUCUGAUUAUACCAGCCGCUUGUAUAACAUUGGAACACAGCAUUAAAAAACAAUCAAAUUUAUGAAAGAAAGCAUCAUUGAUAAACAUAGAACGAAUAGUGAUAUUCAUUGUUUCCUCCUUUCAUCGUUUCUAUCAGCUUUAUAACCUGACACUUAAUAUCCCUUAAAUAGCUAAUAAUAACCUUCCUUUCGAUAUAGCUCUAAAUAUCUGUUGUACGUAAGUUUCUAUUGGUCAUAUAAAACAUAAAUACAACUAUAUUAGAUGGUAGUAAACAGUCGACUAUUACUUCCAUAAUGUCUAUUCAUAAGAAUCAAUAUGAUACAUGAUUCAAUGUUAUUUUGACAAAUUUUAUUGCAAAUCAUCAUUGAAUGUUUUUCACUCUUGAUAUAUAUUCAUCUUUUCCAGAUCUUAGUCCAGACAAUUAUUGCAAGUCUUCAGAAAAACACGAAGGACAUGUGCGACCGCCCCUCUACAGCUUGCCAGAUAGACUUGCGAUGGUAAAACUCGCCAUGACCAUCCACUAAUUAUAGUCAUAUUUCUCUGUUUGAUCUCAACUCAUUACAGAAACCGAAGAACCAAUCAAGGGUGAGGUCACAGAAAAGGACUCCUGAUUGGACAAGGACGAGACUCCGGUUUCCCCCGUGGCGUGUGCCGUUGGAUCUUCUGGCUGCCUGCUUGCGUUUCAUUUCUUUUCUUCCUCUUGAGAACUCUUGUGUCUCGUUCCCCCUUCGCUCUCCCGCUAUUACCAUUCCCUAAUAGACACUCAUCUUCCUUAGACGAGACCUUCUGAUUUGUAAUGGUGUUCUGCUUGCAUGCUUGCUACAAAUCUGGUGGCAGCGGUUCCUCUCCAUGUCCUAGGACCAGUUUACCGCGAAAUCAGCCGAAAUGCCCGCCAGUGUGGACAAAAGGGAGCUUUGCCAAGCUCUUAUAUCUGUCUUGAAGACAAGGAAAUCCUCCACGGACAAACUGCCGCUGUCGAAACUGGUGGACAAUUUCGACGUUUGUCACUCCCAAGCGAUCGUUCAUUUGGCCUCCAUUGCAGACAAUGACCGUGCACGGUACAUAUGCCACCAACUCUCGAUGGAGGCGCUAACAAAGGCCUCUGCUUUCGGGAUCAAGUUUGACGCCGACGCGGAUUCGCUGUUGUGGGCUCUUCGGCGCAUUUUUGCAAUGCCUCAGCCCCCAGUGGACGCGAACAGGCAGUUCUCGUCCCGUCUUUAGCUCUGUGAAGAGAUUGUCAGAGAUUAUUUUGGCUGUCUUCGCCCUUUGAUAUUGGCGGCCUUUCCUGACCAGCCUGCGAGCCUGACAGAUUUUUUUCUCGCCGCGCACUUCUGCGCCGGUUUAUUGGACGAUAACCUCCGCCGAAAAUUGAUCGCAGUCAGUGGCGACCCAGACAUUCCGGAACCUCACACGUCCAUACCGAGGUCGCCAGGCUCGCGUCGCACAAAUCUGCAGUGAGUCCUACACCGUUCCUGCUGUUACAUCUACCCCUGAUUUCCCUGCUCCCAUUGUUAAAGCAACGGUUGAAGACAGGCGAGGGGGGUUUCUUGCUUGAUACAGGGGCGGCCUGCUCGUUGCUAACACUCCAGGGUUUCACCCAUACCUGGCUACAACAGACCAAAAUUUGCCAUCGACAUUCCCGUAUUGUAGCGACUAACGGUAUGCCACUUUUCUGCUCGUCACUAGUCGACGUGCAUUUCGCUAAGGCUCAUCUGAGUUCACCCACCCCUUUUACGUCUGUACGGAUAUUCAGUGGCAGGGUAUUUUAGGCGCAGAUUUUCUCUAUGCUCACCGUAUCUGCGUCGAUUUUGCGGCCGGUCAACUCACCUCUAAGUAGGCUUCAAUCCUUUUUUAUUUUCCCCAUGCCCCUGAACCCCAGCUGUUUUGCGACCCAGUCGUGCUCCACCCUCCCCAGCCUUCCGACCUGGUUCAUUUGGUUUCUGAUUCUCCCGGUUUCUCCUCUGAACAGAUCACCGCUAUUCGAAACCUUAUAGCCCAAAACUCCGCUGCGUUCGCAUGGGAUGUUGAACCCUUUGGUAAAACGAAUGUAUUGCAGCACACUAUUGAUACGGGUUCAGCUCGACCACUCCGUCAACCCCCCCCCCGCCGCGUACCUGUGCAUUUCCAGAAACAAUUAGAGCAAACCAUCAAAGACAUGCAGGACAAGCACGUUAUUCGCCCCUCGUCCUCACCUUGGGCCUCUCUUAUCGUCCUCGUUAAAACGAAAGAUGGAUCUUUGCGAUAACGUGUUGAUUACCGGAAGUUAUGUGCGGUAACCUUCAAAGAAUCUUUCCUAUUUCCACGAAUUCUUACCACCCUAGAGGCAUUUGCAGGAUGUGCAUGUUUCUCCACACUCAAUUUGCAGUCCGGCUACUGGCAGGUGGACAUGGUUCCCGAGUAUAGGCCUAAGACUGCAUUUUCCAUUCCCUCUGGGUUGUAUGAAUUUGAAACUAUGCCAACUUUCAACGUUUGAUUGCCUCGGUCCUACGGGAUUUAUGCCCUACCGCAUGUUUGGUCUAUCUGGACGAUGUCAUAGUACACGGGUCUACUGUCGAGUCCCACCUUGAUAACCUGUAAACCGUUUUUAACCGUCUACAGGCCGUAGGCCUUAAGCUGAGCCCGGCUCAAUGGUGUUUUCUCACAAAGUCUGGCCCUUUCUUGAGUCACAUCAUCUAAAUUGAAGGGGUUAAGACGGAUCCUGCGACGACAGAGCAAAUACGCAGUGGGCCGCAACCGACGUCAGUUUCCGAGUUGCGCGGUUUCCUCGGUCUGGCCUCCUAUUACCGCCGGUUCAUUAAAGAUUUUGCACACACAUCUGCCCCCCUUAAUCGUCUCACGAGCAAGCAGAACUCACUUAAUUUGUCCGACAAGUGUGACCGUUCCUUUGAGGAACUCAAACGGCGUUUGAUUACCCCUUUCCUGUUGGCCUUCGCCAACAUAUCCGAGUCAGUCCCACCUUUCAUCUUGGGCAUUAAUGCAUCAGACAUAGCAAUUGUGGUAAUCUUGUCUCAACAACAAACCGAUAGACUGGAACAUCCCCUCAUUUUUGCCAGAUGACGCUCACCAGGCCUGAGUGUAACUACUCUGCCACUCUCAAGUAGCUUCUGGACGUCGUCACCUCUGUCAAGAAAUUUCAUCACUAUCUCGCCGGCAAACGGUUCAUUUUACGCACCGAACGCCAGGCGCUGCGCUAGUUGGAAAACUUCAAGGAUCCGACCGGUGAACUCGCUCGCUGGCGGGCAGACAUUUUGGAAUAUCCUUACACUGUCAUCCAUCGGGCCGGUAAAAAGCACCAGAAAGCCGAUGCCUUAUCUUGUCGAGCACAAACGCCACCACCGGCCGCAGCAUACGCCCUACCAACUGCGAUUACGUUUAGCACUCCCGACCACUCAGGGUGUGCGUCGGCUCAAGCUUCAGACCCCUAUAUAUCUCUUAUCUAUGAUCGGUUGCGUCUGGGUGCGCCAAAACCGUCAAGCGAAGAAAUGAAGGGCUCCAGCUGGAAAGCUCGCUGCCUUUGGUCAGCGUGGAGCAGGUUUCGCCUCUGUGACGGCGUGCUUUUUCUUCAGUAUUCUUCCACCGACCCCCGACGUUUGGUUUUGCCGCAUGAUGCGAUUCAUCCCAAACUUUCCGGUCUUCAUGUUGAUCUGGGACACGCUGCUCAACCUCGUACCGACACUGCCGCGCGUCAGCGUUUCUGGGGCUCGAAUCAACGGCGGAUCAUUCAGGACACUUGUAACACGUGCCCUGUAUGCGCCGAAGUCAAAAAUCCCAACCCUACACAACGCGCACCACUUCAGCCCAUUCAGACGUGUUACCUGAAUGAAGUUGUUGACGUUGAUCUGAUGGGUCCUAUGCCUCCUUCCUCCGGCGGAAAUCGUUAUGUGUUAGUCUUAGUCGACUUUUUCACCAAAUGGUGUGCAGCCGUGCCCCUUCCACAAGCCGACGCCAUGACUGUCGCUAAGGCCAUCCUUAGCGAGUGGUUCUGCCGCCAUGGGAUGCUGAGCGGCUCCAUUCUGGCCAGGAUGCUCAGUUGGAGUCCCGGCUGA